GAUCUCAGCAGCAAGGACAUGAAGAGAGAUUUGUACAUAGUUGCCCAUGUAAUUCGAAUAGGUCGCAUGUUGCUAAAUGAUUCAAAAAAAGGGCCCCCUCAUUUACACUAUCGCCGCCCCUAUGGCUGUGCAGUAUUGAGUAUCAUGGAUGUACUUCAGUCAAUCUCUGAAAUAAAAGAAGAGAAGGAUUUUGUUCUCAAAGUUUACACGUGUAACAACGAAAAUGAAUGGUGCCAGAUCCAUGAAAAUAUUAUUCGCAAGUCCAGCACCAAAUACACAGCACCCAGCUCAAACUACGGACUUAUAAUAUCUCUUCAGCUUCUACGUGGCGACAUGGAGCAGAUUCGAAGGGAAAACCCCAUGAUCUUUAACAGAGGCGUUUCUGUUACCAGGAAGCUGGGUUUUCCAGAUGUUAUAAUGCCAGGUGAUAUACGCAAUGACUUAUACCUGACGUUAGAAAAGGGAGACUUUGAAAGAGGUGGGAAAAGUGUGCAGAAGAACAUUGAAGUGACCAUGUAUGUGCUCUAUGCAGAUGGAGAAAUCUUGAAGGACUGCAUCAGCCUGGGCUCAGGAGAGCCAAGCAGGAGUGCAUACCACUCUUUUGUCCUUUACCACAACAACAGCCCUCGAUGGGGGGAAAUCAUCAAGUUGCCCAUCCCUAUCGACAGGUUCCGUGGGUCUCACCUCCGGUUUGAGUUCAGACAUUGCUCCACAAAAGACAAGGGAGAAAAGAAGCUCUUUGGUUUUGCAUUCACUCCAUUGAUGAGAGAUGAUGGCACUACCUUGUCGGAUGAUAUCCAUGAGCUUUAUGUUUAUAAGUGUGAUGAGAACAGCACAUUUAACAAUCACGCACUGUACCUGGGGCUGCCUUGCUGCAAAGAGGACUACAAUGGCUGCCCCAACAUCCCUUCCAGCCUCAUUUUCCAGCGCAGCACCAAAGAGACCUUUUCAGUCUCCACACAGCUUUCCUCUACCAAACUGACCCAGAAUGUGGAUUUGCUUGCCCUACUGAAAUGGAAAGCUUACCCAGAUCGUGUGAUGGAUAUUCUAGGAAGACUGAGACAUGUCAGUGGCGAGGAAAUUGUUAAGUUCCUACAAGAUAUUCUUGACACGUUGUUUGUAGUCUUGGAUGACAACACAGAAAAGUAUGGUCUGUUGGUCUUUCAGUCUUUGGUAUUCAUCAUAAAUCUGCUGCGUGACAGCAAGUAUUUUCAUUUUCGACCUGUGAUGGACACUUACAUUCAGAAGCACUUUGCAGGAGCACUGGCUUACAAAGAACUGAUCCGAUGUUUGAAGUGGUACAUGGACCGUUCAGCUGAGCUUGUACGCCAAGACCACAUCCAGGAAGCAAUGAGAGCCUUGGAAUAUCUUUUCAAGUUCAUUGUCCAAUCUCGGAUCCUUUACUCCAGAGCUACUUGUGGAAUGGAGGAGGAACAGUUCCGUUCCAGCAUCCAGGAGCUUUUCCAGUCCAUCAGAUUUGUGCUCAGCUUGGACAGCAGGAGCUCUGAGACUCUCAUCUUCACACAGGCUGCUUUGCUGAACUCCUUCCCCGCUAUCUUUGAUGAGCUGCUGCAGAUGUUCACUGUGCAGGAAGUAGCAGAGUUUGUGAGGGGUACUCUGGGCAGCAUGCCCAGUACAGUACACAUCGGACAAUCAAUGGACGUUGUUAAGCUACAGUCUAUCGCACGCACUGUUGACAGCCGCCUGUUCUCUUUCUCAGAGUCCCGGCGCAUCCUGCUGCCUGUAGUUCUUCACCACAUUCACCUUCAUCUACGACAGCAGAAGGAGCUACUUAUCUGCUCUGGGAUCCUCAGUAGUAUCUUCUCCAUAAUCAAGACCAGCUCUUUGGAGGGAGAUGUCGUGGAGGAGGUUGAGAUGAUGGUGGAGAGCCUCCUGGAUGUGCUUUUACAAACUCUGCUUACAAUCAUGAGUAAAUCACAGUCUCAGGAGGCGGUAAGAGGGCAGCGUUGCCCGCAGUGCACAGCAGAAAUCACUGGAGAAUAUGUCUCCUGCCUUUUAUCUUUGCUUCGUCAGAUGUCUGACACUCAUUUCCAGCACUUACUGGACAACUUCCAAAGCAAGGAUGAACUAAAGGAGUUCCUCCUGAAGAUUUUCUGUGUAUUUCGGAACCUGAUGAAAAUGAGUGUCUUUCCUCGAGACUGGAUGGUGAUGAGGUUGCUCACCAGCAAUAUCAUAGUUACAACAGUUCAGUACCUGUCUUCUGCACUGCAUAAGAAUUUCACGGAAACGGACUUUGAUUUUAAAGUGUGGAACUCUUAUUUCAGCCUGGCAGUUUUGUUUAUAAACCAGCCAAGUCUCCAACUAGAAAAUGCCACACCAGCUAAGAGGAAGAAAAUUCUGGAUAAAUAUGGCGAUAUGAGAGUGAUGAUGGCAUAUGAGCUCUUCAGCAUGUGGCAGAACCUGGGUGAGCAUAAGAUUCACUUUAUUCCGGGCAUGAUUGGCCCCUUUCUUGGUGUUACACUUGUUCCACAACCCGAAGUUCGGAAUAUCAUGAUCCCUAUCUUCCAUGACAUGAUGGACUGGGAGCAGAGAAAGAAUGGCAACUUCAAACAGGUGGAAGCUGAGUUGAUCGAUAAGCUGGACAGCCUGGUAUCCGAAGGAAAAGGUGAUGAGAACUACAGGGAACUCUUCAGCCUGCUAACCCAGCUCUUUGGGCCUUACCCCAGUUUGCUGGAGAAGAUUGAGCAGGAAACAUGGCGGGAGACUGGAAUCUCUUUUGUUACCUCAGUUACUCGUCUCAUGGAGCGUCUGCUUGACUAUAGGGACUGUAUGAAAGGAGAUGAAACAGAAAACAAGAAAAUUGGCUGCACUGUUAACCUUAUGAAUUUCUAUAAAUCCGAAAUUAACAAGGAAGAGAUGUACAUCCGCUAUAUCCACAAGCUGUGUGACAUGCACUUACAGGCUGAGAACUAUACAGAGGCUGCAUUUACUUUGCUUUUGUACUGUGAGUUGCUUCAGUGGGAGGACAGACCUCUGAGAGAGUUCCUGCAUUAUCCAUCUCAGUCAGAGUGGCAACGUAAGGAAGGUCUGUGCCGUAAGAUUAUCCAUUACUUCAACAAAGGGAAGAGCUGGGAGUUUGGAAUCCCGCUGUGCAGAGAACUGGCCAUACAGUACGAAAGUCUCUAUGAUUAUCAGAGCCUCAGCUGGAUUCGGAAAAUGGAAGCUACCUAUUAUGAUAAUAUCAUGGAACAGCAGCGCUUAGAACCUGAGUUCUUCAGAGUUGGCUUUUAUGGUCGGAAAUUCCCGUUUUUCCUGCGGAACAAAGAAUAUGUGUGUCGGGGCCACGACUAUGAGAGGCUGGAAGCCUUCCAGCAGAGGAUGCUGAGUGAGUUCCCACAAGCCAUUGCAAUGCAGCAUCCAAACCACCCAGAUGACUCUAUAUUGCAGUGUGAUGCCCAGUAUUUACAGAUCUAUGCAGUGACUCCCAUCCCACACAAUAUAGAUGUGCUGCAAAUGGACCGUGUCCCUGAUCGCAUAAAGAGCUUUUACCGAGUCAACAACAUCCGGAAAUUCCGCUAUGACAGGCCUUUCCACAAAGGCCCAAAGGACAAGGAGAAUGAAUUUAAGAGCUUGUGGAUUGAACGUACCACUCUGACCCUGACUCACAGUUUGCCUGGGAUCUCUCGUUGGUUUGAAGUCGAGAGAAGAGAACUGGUUGAAGUAAGUCCUUUGGAAAAUGCCAUUCAAGUGGUUGAGAACAAAAACCAGGAGCUGAGAACACUGAUCAGCCAGUACCAGCAUAAACAAAUGCAUGGUAACAUUAAUCUUCUCAGCAUGUGUCUGAAUGGAGUGAUUGAUGCAGCUGUUAAUGGGGGAAUUGCACGAUACCAGGAGGCCUUCUUUGAUAAAGAUUAUAUCACAAAGCACCCUGGAGAUGCAGAGAAGAUCACACAGCUCAAGGAACUCAUGCAGGAACAGGUGCAUGUCUUAGGAGUGGGUCUGGCAGUCCAUGAGAAAUUUGUACACCCAGAAAUGCGUCCUCUGCAUAAGAAACUGAUAGACCAGUUCCAGAUGAUGCGAUCCAGUCUGUACCAUGAGUUACCUGGUUUGGAUAAGCUGAGUCCGGCCUGUUCUGGCACUAGUACACCACGCAGCAAUGUUCUGGUUUCGCAUGGACCUAUGAGCCCAGAGAGCAUAAAGCUGGUGCAUCGACACAGCCCGCUGAACUUGCUUGGUUCAGUCCGACACUCAUCAUCCUCUCUGUCAUCCCACACCUCCAGCGAAACAGGGAACCUGGUUAUCCUAACAGACAGUUCUGUGGGGGAGACUGCUGAGGAUAUGUACCACAUGCAGCUUGUUUACCCUAACUCCAGGUACCAAGGCUCAGUCACCAACGUCUCUGUUUUAUCCUCGUCCCAGGCUAGCCCUUCCACCUCAAGCCUGAGCUCUACUCACUCGGCACCGUCCCAGAUGAUUAACUCUGCCCCUUCCAGUGCUCGAGGCUCUCCCUCUCUACCAGAUAAGUACCGCCACUCUCGGGAGAUGAUGAUGUUGCUGCCAACCCAUCGGGACCGACCUAGCAGUGCCAUGUAUCCUGCAGCUAUCAUGGAAAAUGGACAGCCUCCAAAUUUCCAGCGCGCCUUGAUCCAGCAAAUGAUUGGGCCAUGCAAACCUUGCAGUGAUCCCAACCUGUCUGUGGCUGAGAAAGGACACUACUCACUGCACUUUGAUGCCUUCCAUCACCAGCUCAGUGAUGCUCCUCCGGCACUGCCUGCACGAACAUUGCGCAAGUCCCCUCUUCAUCCUAUCCCUGCGUCACCCACCAGUCCGCAGUCUGGUCUAGAUGGAAGUAACUCCACUUUAUCCGGCAGUGCCAGCAGUGGUGUCUCUUCCUUGAGCGAGAGUAAUUUUGGACAUUCUUCUGAACCACCUCCUCGCACAGACACCAUGGAUUCUGUCCCCAGCCAGGCCUGGAACACUGAUGAAGAUCUAGAGACACCCUACCUCCCUGUCAGGUACAGUCUCUCUGAGCCUGAUGUCCUAGAGUCGCUCAAAUCCCAGCCAUGCCGAAGCCACUCUGCUCCAUCUGGAGUCGUUCCUCAGGACACCAUGGACCCUCCUGCUCUACCCCCAAAACCUUAUCACUCCCGGCUGCCAAACAUGGAGAACGAGGAGGGGAUGAUAAUUGAAGAUGAUGAUAAACACCGCCCAUUGCAUCGUAAAGUGUCCCAACCAGUGAGUGCUGGAAAGGAAGAGCAGGCCAGGGUAGCAUGGGAGCAUGGCAUCAGUGAGCAGUAG